AUGUUCUACGUCACUAGUGGCGGUGCCUGGAGAGAACAGCGUACGCACCGCUACCAUGACACCCGUUCUCGAUACUCGCCAAAAUUUGAUCGUUGUCGCGAAUUCGAGGCGGCAGCGGAGCUUCAACGCCUCUGCGUCGAAUACCUCGACGAUGAUGCCGAUACUCUGAACGUGGUUCGACUGGUCAACAAUGAGCUGGGAAACAUAGCAACCAAGGUCUUGUUCAGCAAGGCAAUUCUCAAUCCGACGGACGAAAGCGCAGAGAAGUUUAUGGAGCUCAUGCACUGUAAAUACGGCGAUGAGGUUCGAUGCGUAGUCAUCAAUACUUCUCUCGAUCCAGAUCUCGAAUACUGGAACGCAGGUGCUUUACCAGAGUCAGAGGUCCUUCCAAGCUUUGCAGAUGCGAUCGGCUCGCUCAGCAGCUUUCGGAACCUGCAAGAGCUCAAAGAUGCUGCCGAGACACCGGAAUUCCGCAACGAAAUCUUGAAGAUAGUCCUUGGGGCCCUGGAAGAAAUUACUGCGUUGGAUGUUCUGUCCAUAAAGAAUCUGCAAGACCACACGGACAGGCAGAUUCUGAAAUCGGAUGCCUUUCCAAUCCAUCGAGGCUUCACCACCGACCUGCCAGAGCUCUGGCUCAAGCCCGCUUUAUCACACCUGACGCACCUCACGCUAUACAGCUACACUUGUAUGUGGGGCCUCUUUCCGUUUGUGGACUUCCGCAAUAUCGGGACCUUCCCAAGCCUUCCAUACUUGAGCUUGGGCAACUUCGCCAUUGCGCACGACUGGCAGGUUGACUGGAUACUGUCCCACGGCCCCACUCUCAAGCAGUUACUGCUCGACGACUGUCCUAUCAUCACAGCACUAAAAAUGGAAGUGGAUAUGGUCAAGGUCGCAUUUCCCAAGCUGCAUAGCCUGCCUGAGUCAAUGCGUCCUGACUGGAACGGCUGCUAUUUCAAAGAAAUCUCUUUGCGUUGGCACGAUGUGUUCGAUCGCUUUCGAUCUGGGUUACCUCACCUCCAGCACUUCGCUGCCUGUGGCUCAGAGCAUUGGACCAACGAUGCUUUCGAUCAUCGCUACGAACUUACCAACAGGUCGGUCGGCAACAGAUACUAUGUUUUCGACUGUGGCAGUGUGCCUCCGUGGCGGGACUUUCCAGAACGUAGCAGCCACAACUUCUAUCGUCGAGGUUCUCAUCCAAACUCUGCACGUCACGUGGAAUUUCCGCGCUGCUACGAUGAGGAUGUAGAGGCCUUGGGCAGGCUAAUGAAGGUGGCAAAUGAGAGAGCAAGGAUUGCAGUGUAG